ACGAUCGCUGCCAGUUCAGUCGACGUUCCGACGAGCUCAGAGAAGUCUCAAGUGCGAAUCAAGCGGAGCAGGAGACGCCCAUCAACAAUUUAUUUGACGACCAUGGCUGUCAUCAUCAGCUGCCUAUUACUCUUGCUGGCGACAGUGUCGCAGGCCAAAACCACCUCCGGCACCGAUGCCGCCGCUAAUAGGAAUUUGCUGGCCGCAGACCUCUACAAUGCCGUGGGUGCCGACAGGCUGAAUGAGAACCUGGUCAUAUCCCCGGCCACCAUCCAGAGCUCCAUGGCUUUGGCCUUCGUGGGGGCCAAGGGUCAAACCGCCUCCGAGAUCCAGCAGGGCCUGCGCUUGGGCCCCGGGGACGCGGAUGCCGUGAGCCAGCGAAGUGGCAGCUUCCAGCAGUCUCUGACCCGCGACAACAAUCUGCGUCUGGCCAACAACAUCUACAUCAACGAGAACCUGGAAUUCAAGGGCUCCUUCCGCGACAUUGCCCAGCGCCAGUUCGACUCCAACAUCGACAAGCUUGACUUCCAUCCGCCGUACAACAAGCGCACGGCGGAUGCCAUCAACCGGGCCGUGGCCACCAAGACGAACGGUAAGAUAAUGGACAUCCUGCGUCCAGAGCUGCUCAAUGACCGCACCGAGGGCGUGAUCGUGAACGGAGUGGCCUACUCUGCCGCCUGGCAGAAGGCCUUCAGGCUGGACAAGACUGAGAAACGAUCGUUCCGCACUGGAAAUGGCCAGUCCGUCCGCGUGGACACCAUGUGGACACUGCAGAACUUCAACUACGCCGAGGUGAGCUCCCUGGACGCCAAGGUGGUGGAGCUGCCCUACCAGAAUGCCGACUUCUCCAUGCUCCUGGUUCUGCCAAAUCGCAAGGACGGUCUGAGGGCUCUCCAGCAGUCGCUGGUGGGCAAGGAUCUUCUGGCGGAGGUCGGGGCGAUGAGCCAGAAGAAGGUGGAGGUUUUGCUGCCCAAGUUUAGUGUCACUUUUGGCGUGAGCCUCGAGGGCGUUUUCAAACAGCUGGGAGUUCAUACAAUGUUCUCGAGGGACGGUGACUUCGGUAACAUGUACCGGAUGUUUGUCAGUCAUUUCAUCAAUGCCGUGGAACAUAAGGCCAGCGUGGAGGUUUCCGAGGCUGGAGUCGAACAACCCCUAGAAACAGGAGUUCUGAAGGGACUCUUUUCGCGGUCGAAGAAGUUCGAGGCUGAUCAUCCGUUUGUGUUUGCCAUCAAGUACAAGGACUCAAUUGUCUUCAUCGGACAUGUUGCGAACUAUGCCUACGUUUAGGGCCGACUUUAAAGUGCUAAUUACAUCGCCGAACAACUUUUUUUAUUAAAGCCAUAUAACCAAAGCUCUAAGCAAAUAAAACUAAUGGUGCUAACCGCA